GCGGGGAGCAGAGCCCGCACCCCCGGGAGCCGAACAGCGAGACCGCGCGGGGGAGAGGAGCGGGAAAAACCCCCCGAAACCGCCCGAAACCCCGGCUGAUUCUCCGGCUGGAGCUCGGCUCCGCAUCCCGGGGAUCCACAUCCCGCAGCUCCAUCCUCGACUCCGCAUCCCGAAGCUCUGCAUCCCGCAGCUCCAUCCCCGACUCUGCAUCCCGCGGCUUCGCAUCCCGGGGCUUCAUAUCCCGGUGUUCCGCAUCCCGCAGCUCUAUCUCUGGUUCCGUAUCCCGGUGCUCCAUCCUUGGCUCCGCAUCCCGCUGUUCCAUCCCCGGCUCCGCAUCCCGCGGCUACAUAUCCCGGUGUUCUGCAUCCCGGGGCUCCAUCCCCGGCUCUCUCCCAGGCUCCGCAUCCCGGGCUCCGUCCCCGGCUCGGUCCUCGGCUCCAUCCCCGGCGCUGCGGGCUCAGCAUGGGCGGAGGAGCCCCGCGCCUGCACCGGUGGCUGCUGCUGCUGCUGGGGCUGUGCAGCUGGACGGCCGCGCUGCGAGGACAUGAGAACAGCGAGGCCCUGCCUGAGUCCCUGCCCUCGGCCCCGGGGACCCUGCCCCAUUUCCUGGAGGAGCCCGACGAUUCCUACAUCAUCAAGAGCAACCCCAUCGUGCUGCGCUGCAGGGCCGUGCCCGCCAUGCAGAUCUUCUUCAAGUGCAACGGCGAGUGGGUGCACCAGAACGAGCACGUGUCCCACGAGAGCCUGGACGAGGCCACAGGGCUGAAGGUGAGGGAGGUCUCCAUCAACGUGACGAGGCAGCAGGUGGAGGAUUUCCAUGGCCCUGAGGAUUACUGGUGCCAGUGCGUGGCCUGGAGCCACCUGGGCACCUCCAAGAGCAGGAAGGCGUCGGUGCGCAUCGCUUAUCUACGGAAGAACUUCGAGCAAGACCCCCAGGGCAAGGAGGUUCCCAUCGAGGGGAUGAUUGUUCUGCACUGCCGGCCCCCCGAGGGCGUCCCCGCGGCCGAGGUGGAGUGGCUGAAGAACGAGGAGCCCAUCGAUUCCAACCUGGACGAGAACAUCGACACCAGGGCCGACCACAACCUCAUCAUCCGCCAGGCGCGCCUCUCUGACUCGGGCAACUACACCUGCAUGGCUGCCAACAUCGUGGCCAAGAGGAGGAGCCUGUCAGCCACCGUGGUGGUCUAUGUGAACGGGGGCUGGUCCUCGUGGACGGAGUGGUCCAGCUGCAACGCGCGCUGCGGCCGGGGCUGGCAGAAACGCUCGCGCACCUGCACCAACCCCGCGCCCCUCAACGGGGGAGCCUUCUGCGAGGGCAUGUCUGUGCAGAAAAUCACCUGCACCUCCCUCUGCCCCGUGGACGGCAGCUGGGAGGUGUGGAGCGAGUGGUCGGUGUGCAGCCCCGAGUGCGAGCACCUGCGCGUGCGGGAGUGCGCCGCGCCCGCGCCCCGCAACGGCGGCAAGCACUGCGAGGGGCUGAGCCAGGAGUCCGAGAACUGCACCGAGGGGCUCUGCAUCCAAGACGUGGAGCGCGGUGCGGACGUGGCGCUGUACUCGGGGCUGGCGGCAGCGGUGCUGGCGGUGGCCGUGCUGGCGCUGGGGGUGACCCUGUACCGGCGCAGUCAGAGUGAGUACGGCGUGGAUGUCAUUGAUUCCUCUGCACUCACGGGAGGCUUCCAGACUUUUAAUUUUAAAACAGUCAGACAAGGUAACUCCCUGCUCCUGAACUCGUCCCUGCAGCCCGAGCUGACAGUCAGCAGAACCUACAGCGGCCCCAUCUGCCUGCAGGACCCCCUGGACAAGGAGCUGAUGACCGAGUCCUCCCUGUUCAACCCCCUGGCCGACAUCAAGGUCAAGGUGCAGAGCUCCUUCAUGGUGUCCCUGGGUGUCACCGAGCGGGCCGAGUUCCACGGCAAGGCCCACCCCGGCACCUUCCCCCACGGCAGCCCCAGGCCCUUUGGGACCCUCCAGGCCAGGAACAAGGCCAUGUUCAUCCAGAACCUGGCCUCCAUCUCCAGCAGCAGCGAGCUGAGGAGCACGGCCCUGUUCGGGCACCUGGGGGGACGCUUGGUGGUCCCCAACACAGGCGUCAGUCUGUUGAUUCCACACGGGGCUAUUCCAGAGGAGAGUUCCUGGGAAAUCUACCUGGCCAUCACCCAGAAGGAGUCCAGCCUGGAGCCAGAGGGCCCGGAGGUGCUGCUGGGGCCUGAGGUGAGCUGCGGGCCCCCCGAGCUGGCCGUGAGCACCCCCUGCGCCCUGAGCAUCCCGCACUGCGCCCACGCCGACCCCCAGCACUGGAGCAUCCACCUCAAAAGGAGGACGCAGCAGGGCAAGUGGGAGGAAGUGAUGUCUGUGGAAGAGGAAACUACUUCUUGCUACUGCCUGUUGGAUCCUUAUGCCUGUCACAUUCUCUUAAACAGCUUUGGAACUUAUGCCCUAAUUGGGGAACCCAUCUCAGACUGCGCCGUUCGACAGCUGAAAGUCGCCGUUUUUGGCUGCCUGUCUUGCAAUUCUCUGGAUUACAAUCUGAGGGUUUAUUGUGUGGAUAACACCCCUUGUGCAUUCCAGGAAGUGGUUUCCGAUGAAAGGCUCCAGGGGGGACAAUUGCUGGAGGAACCCAAACUUCUGCAUUUUAAAGGCAACACCUGCAGCCUCCAGAUCUCAGUGCUGGACGUGCCUCCCUUCCUGUGGAGAAUCAAACCCUUCACUGCCUGUCAGGAGGUGCCGUUCUCCCGCGUGUGGCGCGGCAGCCCCCGGCCCCUGCUCGGCGCCUUCUCCCUGGAGCGCUUCAGCCCCGCCACCACCCAGCUGUGCUGCACCGUGUGUGUCAGGCAGCUGCAGGGCCACGAGCAGCUGCUGCACGUCCAGACCUCCGUCCUCGAGGCUGAGAGAGAAAACAUCCCCUUCUUUGGCCACGAGGACAGCGCCUUCCCCGCUCAGCUGGGCCCCAAGGCCUUCAAGAUCCCGCGCUCCAUCCGGCAGCGCAUCUGCGCCACCUUCGACGCACCCGGCGCCAAGGGCAAGGACUGGCAGCUGCUGGCCCAGAAGAACAGCAUCAGCAGGAACCUCUCCUUCUUUGCCACCCAGAGCAGCCCCUCCGCCGUCAUCCUGGACCUGUGGGAGGCGCGGCACCAGCACGACGGGGACCUGGACUCGCUGGCCUGUGCCCUGGAGGAGAUUGGCAGGACACACUCCAAGCCCUCCGAGGUGCCAGAGCCCGAGCUGGACGAGCCCGAGUUCCCCUGCAGCAGGAAGGGGCUUUAGUCCCUCUGUCCUGCCAGGACACACGGCCAGCAGGGGUUGGUGGGGAUGGAACUCACCCCACAUCAGUGGCAGCGGGAGGAGCAGCAGCUAAAAACCCUCUGGUGAUGAGGAAAACCAGCUCCUCCCUGUCCUCCUCCACUUAAAAUCCACAUUUUGGUGCCCCAAACGAGCCUGCACUUGUGUCAGUGCCGGGGCAGGAGGGAGAGAGACACAGAGCCAUAGGAGGGAAAUGUUAUUCUGUAUUUAGGAACAGUCAUGUUCGUGUACUGCCUAGUGAAAAAUCAACAAAUAACAUUGGAUAUUUCGAGCCACUGGAGGCUGGUCCUGGUUAAAAGGUUUCUCUAGUGAAAAUCAACAAAUAACGCUGGAUAUUUCGAGCCACUGGAGGUUGGUCCUGGUUAAAAGGUUUCUCGCUUCGAGAGUGGUUUAAAAUCCCAUCACGUUGUCACUUUAUGCCUGCUACAGGAAAACUGAAAAUUUGGCCUUAUCCUGUUCAGAUGUUGGAGGAAUUAGAAGAUCUCAUAAUUAUUUCACAUCGUGUGUAUUCCAAAUAAUUUGUUUUAAAAAUUCAGCCCCUUAAUGAAUGUACAUUUGCUGCAGAGCUCUGCUCUGUUACCAAAAUUCCAGAACAAUCCCCUUCUCCCUGAGACUGGGGGGUGUGCACACGCCAGAGGAAUUUUCUAAUUUUCUAUGUCUGCAAACUUUCUUAGUCAAAAAAACUGUCUUUGGGGGUGGAUUUAAAUAACCAAAUAACACACGGGAAAUUUCCAGCCCUAUUUUAGCAAGUUGAGACAUUUAUUUUUGUUACUUCAUUCUCUGUGGCUGAGCUGAAGGUGAAGGCAAUCAGCACAGCUUCCUUUUGGUUUGGUUUCAGAUUGAAACCACAAACCCCACACAGCACUGCCAACACUGGCCUGGAUUUUGUUGCACAAUUUGGGAAUUUCACAGGGUCCAGAGCUGGCUGUGUUAGCUUGGUUUAGUUACAAAUUGCAUUUACCCCAAAAAUCAGGAUCUAACUGGAGAAUUCACCUCGUUUUUUAGCCAUUCCAUGCAAAAAUGAUUUAUGACUUCAACCAAACCAAAAAGAGCUGUCACUGUGAGCGAGGGCCUGGUGGAGCUGGUACUGAGCCAAAUGUCACCAUUAUUUUUGACCAUUCUUUUCACUCCAUCCUUCACCAUAGCCGAGGUGCUGGAGCCUGUGGAGCUGCCAGGGCACAGGCAGGAGAAACAGGAGCAGAAAUGAGGCUUUGGGAGCUUUGUGGAAAUGCAGGAAACCCAAAGCAAGGGUUUGGGGGCUGUUUUAGCCUCGUGUUUGGCUGAGAGCAGGGCAGGUCCAGUCUGGAGCUGUUCCUUCACCCAGGACUGCAGUGUGAAAAUCUGAACAACAACAACAAGAUCAACAACAUCAACAGCAGCUCUGUCCUUGCUCCUGCUGCUCUGAAAUCACAAAUGUCACUGCCUGCCCAGCUCAGGAACAGGCUGAGACAUGGAAACCCUGAAACUUGGAAAUCCUGAGACCAGUGCAAAGCUUUCCUGCAGCUCAGCAUCUCCUGCAGCCUGGCAGGAGGCUCCUGGCACAGGUUUCGGGGCAGACAGAAAUACCGGCUGCAAGCUGUCACUGCUUUCAGCAGCACAUGCUCCUCCAGUUCUAUCCCCACUGACUGCCAGUCCUCCUCCACAAACCUGUUCUUGGUUGGACAAAAUGUCAGGCAUUAGGAAAAAAAAACAAAACAAGGGAUGAUGGCACCCGGGGAACAAGCAGAGUCUGCGAGCUGCCGUUGUCGGGGAAACCAGCCCCGCUCUGCCUGCAGCAGCGAUUUGUUCUCAGCACCCCAGAGCUGCUCUGCUCCUGGAGCAGGCUGGGUUUCUGUGCCCCAGGUGCUGCAGGGGAUUCCUGGGUUAGACAUUACAGGGAAAUCUUUGGGAUCAGGUGUUCCGGGAAGUCUGAACCUCUCAAGUACCUCAGAAAUGGGGGAAGUGUUAG